GAAGAGACAGCCUUCUGUGGAAACGCGCAGCCCAGCUCGCUUAAUAAUCUUGCUGUGCCCGGGUGCCAAGCCCUCCCCGACCAGAUCUGUUUUGUCUCCUACUAGGCUGAGUCACAUAGAAUAGAUAGAUAGUUUAUCAGCACAUGUCCUCCAGAUCAUGUUAUCCGCUUACAAAUAUAGCCUGUUAGCGCACAGGCACGGUAGCCCUUCCGCAGGGGGGUGUUCUUCGUGCGGCUGUAAACAGCUUCGAAAACGGAUUACAGCGUGGCGGCUUGCGACCAGGGACUGACUGUCAGCGCCCACUAGCACAGGGAAGGUAACUUUAUGCUGCUCCCCAAAUGGGACACAAAGUGGUCGUGUUUGAUAUCUCUGUUGUCAGAGCCUUAUGGGAAACUCGUGUCAAGAAGCACAAAGCAUGGCAGAAGAAGGAGGCGGAGAGGCUGGAGAAAAGCGCCCUGGAGAAGUACAUUUUGGAUAAAGGAGGAGUGGGAAUUUGUGGCCGAGUGCAGGAGGAAGGGCGUGCCCCAGGCUGAGUACUGCAAGAAUGGCUUCGUAGACACCAGCACAAGGCUCCUGGAAAGGAUAGAGAGGAACUCAGUGGCCAGGCAGAGUGCACGAGUCAAGGACAGAGGCAAACGGAGCAAUCCAUUCGUGUUUGAACUUUCAGGGACACAGUGGAAGGAGCUGCCUGAUUCGCUGAAGGAACAGACACACCUCAAAGAAUGGCACAUUCACAACACCCUCAUUCAGAUCAUUCCAACGUACAUUGAGCUGUUUCACUCGAUGAAGAUUUUGGAUUUGCCAAAGAACCAAAUCACGUGUCUUCCCCCCGAAAUCGGUCGCUUGAAGAACCUGAAAGAACUCAAUGUGAGUUUCAACCAUUUGAAGAGUAUUCCCCCGGAGCUAGGAGACUGUGAGAAUUUAGAGAGACUAGACUGUUCUGGGAAUCUGGACCUGAUGGAGCUCCCCUUUGAAUUGAGUAAUCUGAAACAGGUUACCUUUGUGGAUAUCUCAGCAAACAAGUUCUCCAGCGUCCCGAUCUGUGUCCUGCGGAUGUGUCGUCUGCAGUGGCUGGAUAUCAGCAGCAAUGAUCUGACUGACCUGCCACAAGAUAUAGACAGGCUGGAAGAGCUACAAGGUUUCCUCCUGUAUAAAAACAAGCUGACCUACCUUCCUCAAGCCAUGCUCAACCUCAAAAAGCUCACCCUGCUGGUUGUCAGUGGGGAUGACCUGGUGGAGCUCCCGACCGCCCUCUGCGAUGCCUCCACGCCUUUGAAAUUUGUAAGCCUUUUGGACAAUCCCAUUGACAAGACCCGAUGUCAGGACACUGACGACACAGUAGAAAGCGAACAGGACCGCCAGCACUUCGAUAAGGAAUUUAUGAAAGCAUACAUCGAAGACCUUAAAGAAAGAGAAGCUGUUCCCAGUUAUACCGCCAAAGUGUCAUUUAGCCUUCAACUUUGAUUCGCUCCACCGGAAGACCACAAUGCCUUACUGCCCCGAGCUCUGAAUCUUUGCAUAUGCGUUACCUCUUAUUGGAAUUGCGUCUCAUGCUUGAGGGCAAAGUCUAUAGAAACCACCAUCAUCACUGUUAAGAAGAAUAACAUUCAAUUCAUUGAUAAAUUUGCUUCUAUACCAAUGUUAACAGGCUAAUGCACAUACUUGUCUUAAAUACUGCGUAUUUAAUAUUUUAGGAAACACAUUACUUAAAAAGUGACGACAUACGGAACGGGUUUUGAAAUUGGAUGCACUGUGUUCAGGAGUCCAGGGCUAGAGGGCUGUGAAUGAAAUAGAGAAUUUACCCCCUUGAAAGGGGUUCGGCACACUGUUCGUCUUUAUUGAGAAAAGCGCUCCCUGAGUCUAAACAAGUUGCUACUUCCCCACUCCGAGUUCAAGUAUGUUUUAAGUUGUACUUUGACUCCCAGGAGAACCUGAAGGUAUAACUUGGGUCUUGAAGGUGGAAAGAAAGGUUGGUAUACGUAGGGCGUCCGGCGCUAGCCGCUCAGACAGUGGGAGCCUGGGAGGAUCCGAAUACUGUGCUCUGUAGUGUCCUGGCUAGUCACCUGCUGGUCCUCAGAACAAAGAGCCAAGGAGUGCCUUCAGGACUCGUUCCUGUAGGUGUUGGGGACAGUGUGGAGACCUCACCGAUGGCUUCCACAUGGGGAUCACAGGAGGGCUCUGCCCCCUGGAGCGCACCUGUGCGUUGGCAGGAGCCCCUGGGAUGUUAAUUUGCGCGGGCCAAGGCAGGGACUCCGUGUUCUUGAAGCACGUUUACACCACUGGAAGAACUCUAUAAAGCUUCUAUUUUUAUACCAGUGCCUCAGGCUAAAGCAAGCAGGAAGUGGCUGGUUGCUCUGAAGAGAAGAAGGAAAGACACAUGUAUCGACUGUUUGUACGUGAGUGGACUCCUUCUGGGUGUAGUCCAGUGCAGCCCGCCGCAGCCUUCACAUGGGGAAAACGUUCUGUGCCUGUGUUGUUAGGUGCCAUAAUGUCCAGAGAUGGAACACGUAGUGUCUGACAAGCUUUGAAAACUAAGUUUUAUUUAUUUUUCUUUUCUUUUUUUCGGAGCUGGGGACUGAACCCAGGGCCUUGCGCUUGCUAGGCAAGCACUCUACCACUGAGCUAAAUCCCCAACCCCGAAAACUAAGUUUUAAAUGCAACUUCCUUAAAGAGUCACUUGUGGCUACCGAACUGUACAGUAAGGCCUAACCUGCCAGGUUGGGGUGGGAGGGCGAUGUCUGUGGUUAUAAAAUAAAUGAAUGGGGUUGGGGAUUUGGCUCAGUGGCAGAGCACUUGCCUAGGAAGCGCAAGGCCCUGGGUUCGGUCCCCAGCUCCGAAAAAAAGAACCAAAUAAAUAAAUAAAUAAAUAAAUAAAUAAAUAAUAAAUGAAUAAGUAAAUAAGUAAGUAAAUAAGGGGGUAAUUUUUACUCUUUUUAACCUGAAGAACUGAUUUGCUCUCAGAAUCAUAUAAUUUAAAAAGGUUAUCACAUACACAUAAUUAAAAAAAAAAAACAAGGCUAGGAGAUGGCUCAGAGGUUAAAAGUGUUACUACUUAAAUCUAAGAACCCAGUGCAAACUGGUUAGCUGGCCAAGCCUACCGGAAGCUCUUGUUUUGAAUAGGAGAUGCCGCCCCAGUAACUGAAGUGGAAAGGUGCCAGAGGAUGAUUCAAACUCUGGCCUCUCCAUGGACACACACACCCAGGUGCACCCCACACACAUGCGAAAAUACCACACACGCGCACACUCACGGAAAGUGGGAAGAGGAAAGAUUAGUAAUGGUGUUUCGGUAUUUUCGCCUUUCGCCUGCCGCGGUUCGAAUGAGGCCCGAGCGUUUUUAUCAUUGGUCUCAGCAGAGCGUCACUUCAACGGAAAGCAAAGUGUCCAGAGGCAGGCUAAAGGGCGAAACGUCUUUUGUCCCGACACUUAACGCUGUUUCAAAUUGAUGACUAGUCCUACUUGAGUGACUGCUGGAUUUUUUUUUUUUUUUUUUUUGGUUCUUCUUUUCGGAGCUGGGGAUCGAACCCAGGGCCUUGCGCUUCCUAGGCAAGCGCUCUACCACUGAGCUAAAUCCCCAACCCCGACUGCUGGAUUUUAUUCCAUACUCAAGGACAUGCCUCAUAUCAAGAUAUGAAAACUAAAUAUGAAAAGAUGAAAGUGUAGAAUUUCACACAAAUGGACUGUUCAUAAUUUAUGUAAGUUUUAUUUUAAUAAAACCAGCCUUUGCGUAAAA